UAAGAAGUUAUCGCAGGAAAAUAUUGAAUUACAAAGUCAAAGUCAAACUUUACUUAGGCAUAGUGAAAACCUAGAAAAGGCCCUAAUAAACGCCAGAACACAGGAUGUUAUAAAGCCGGAAAACAUACAAAAGGAAUAUAAUGAUAUGUUAGCGGAAAUUGACGAUAUGAAAAAAGAAAAAAGCCGAAGUGUGAAUAAAAUUCGUGAACUGUUAGAUAGACUAGAUAAAUCGGAGGAUAUUAUAGCAAGCCUUAGUGAAGAUUUACUGGCUCGUGAAGACAGAAUUGCAAUGUUGGAAAAUCAUAUUAAUGAACUAGAAGAAGAAGUAAAGAAAUUACACGAUUGUUUAGAUGAAGUAGUAAACACUGGCGAACAAAUUAAACAGCACAGCUAUGAAAAGAUUGACCAGUCUCUAAAAAGAAUGGAAGCGCACCACUCAAAAGCAACACAUAAUAUGAAAAUGGAGCUGGUCAAACUUCAAAAUAAAAAUAUGAAAUUACAAGAACAACUAUCGGCGACACAGUUAAAGACUGAAGAAACAUUAAUUGGCCAAAAUAAAUACAUAUCUCAAAUUAAUUAUUUACAAAAUGAGAGAGAAAUCAUCGUCGAUGACAUUAGACAAUUAGAACUUAACAAUGUCGGUGAUAGCGCCUUAUCACCAACUAAUUGUAAUUUAAGUGAUAUUCGAAAUUCACUAAAUCGUAUUAGUAAAUACAUAGAUGCAAAGUGUUCAAAAAGUACUUCAUUAGAACAGACAUUACUUAAAAUGCAAACAUCAUCGCAAUUACUACUUAGUAAAGCUGAUGAAGCGAAAAAAAUAGUCGAAAUAGAAAAACAAAAAAUAAUAAACGAGAAAGAAGAUGCUAUAAGAGAUAGAGUUAAUAUGGAAAAUCAACUUGAAAAUCUUAAAAAAACACUCGAGCAAAAAAUUUCUCGUGAUCAGAAUGUAAUAACUGACUUACAAGCAGAAAUAUUAAAUAAAGACCUGAUUAUCAAAAAAAUAAACGAAACAACACAAACCUACAUAUCUAAACUUGAAACUGAAAUGCAAUCUCUACAAGAGCUUUAUAAAAAUUCUACAGAAAAAAUAACCGAGUUGCAAGAAAAGUUAAUUAAUAUGUCUAAAGAUAAAAAUAACGAUGUGGAAGUAAUGAAAAAAUGUAAAAUUGCAUUAGAAAAGAAAUCUCAGGAAAUUUCAGAUUUACAAAACGAGCUACAAAUUUUGAAAACAAAUCACUAACAAAUAUAGGAGUUCAAACAGUAUAUAAUCAAUCCCGAAAAAAUAUAGCAUCGCAAACUGAAGCCUCGUUAGCUUACACAGAGUAUGAAAGAUCAGGAAUUAAAGAUAAAAUUAUGGAUGACGUAGA